AUGCCCCCUCCCCCGGCUCCUCCACCACCACCUCAGGCCAUCCUAGAGCCAGAAGCGAAAGAACUAUCAGUGUGCUUGAAGAAUGCCGUCGUGAAGACGGGUCAGAUCUACGGAUUCUACGCGGACACCAGGCGAUUGGGCAUACAGAGAUAUGCGCAACAUCCGCCGCGCUCCAUGGUUUCCGCCCUCGGUCGCGAAAUCGAGAGAUACGACGCGCUCAUGGACACGAUCGAAUCUCAACUCCUUCAUUCCAUUGCGCUAUUGCGCCGCGAGCUCCAGAUCGAGCAAGACAAGGCCAAAGCCGCCGAAGAAGCCGUCGCCUCCCACACCCGCUCGCGCACCGCAUCCCUCUCCCCGGCGACCACGCGCGCCUCCCUCCCGCCCGUCUCCGGCACCGACCCCCCGACCUCCGACGGCCAGGACUCCAUCCUCGGCCUCCCAUUGACCGAUGAGCCCUCCUCCGCCGCGCCUUCACGCAAUUCGCAAAGCACGCCUCCCGCCGCGACGCCUAGCGCUACCGCCCGGCGCAUGUCCACCAUCUCCCUCUCCUCGCUCAACCGGCCCUCCUUUCCCCAUAAGCUCGACCUCUCUUCCGCAUCGCUCGCCCUCACACCCUCCGACGCCGCUCUCUUCGCGACCGGGCUCGCCUCGCCUGUCACGCUCGCCCCGCGCUCAGCCCGUCCCUCCGCCGCGAACGAGCUCCCUCCCGACCUACUCGCCAUGGCCCUCGCCCAAACGUCUCCCAAUGGCGGGCGCGAGGUCGACAUCGACCUCACCAUGGACGACUCCUCGCCUCCCAACGCUCUGGGCGCGAUCGGCAGCUCCGCCGACAAGCCGAUCGAGCUUGACCUGGAGCUCGACAUGGACCUCUUCGGGGACGGCGCCGACGACGGCUCCGGCGGGGGCCUCUUCUCGCCCUCCGGCGGCGUGCCUACCGGGCUGCCCAACGCGGGUGACGGUCAGUCCAACCCCGGCGCUGGCCAACCAGGGACCUCCGAUGGCGUGCUCGGCCUCGAUGUCCUCGACUCCUUCACGUCUUCCGCAGCGCCGUCGGAUUCCGAACUCUUCCAGAGUCUUGCUGGUGGCGACCCUGCCUCCGCCCAAGGGUCCCAGCCUGGCCAGCAACAACCCCAGCAGCCCGCUCAACACCUCGACGUCCCAGGCUCCAGCGACGCGCACGGCGCCGCUCCCUCGCCUGGGGCAAUUCUCGCCAGCUUCGCGGCCGCCAAUCCCCAGGCCCAAGAUGGGUCGACCACCCAUCCGGACGGGAACUUCAACUUCGCUUCCCUCGGUCUGGAUCAGUUCAACGACUCGAGCUUCUUCUCGUCGGAGACGGAUACCCAAGGGGAAGGCGGUGGGACGGAAGACAUGGCGUCGUUGCAGGAGAUGCUGGAUUUUACUAGCCACGAAACAGCAAGUUGACGGUCAUAUCCGGCGACUCACGCUUGGAAGCAGCCGGUCAUCAGUCUUCGUCGUGUGUCGUGUAGCAC